AUGCCGGGGGGCAAGAGAGGGCUGGUGGCACCGCAGAACACAUUUUUGGAGAACAUCGUCAGGCGCUCCAGUGAAUCGAGUUUCUUACUGGGAAAUGCCCAGAUUGUGGAUUGGCCUGUAGUUUAUAGUAAUGACGGUUUUUGUAAACUCUCUGGGUAUCAUCGAGCUGACGUCAUGCAGAAAAGCAGCACUUGCAGUUUUAUGUAUGGGGAAUUGACUGACAAGAAGACCAUUGAGAAAGUCAGGCAGACUUUUGACAACUACGAGUCAAACUGCUUUGAAGUUCUUCUAUACAAAAAAAACAGAACCCCUGUUUGGUUUUAUAUGCAAAUUGCACCAAUAAGAAAUGAACAUGAAAAGGUGGUCUUGUUCCUGUGCACUUUCAAGGAUAUUACAUUGUUCAAACAGCCAAUAGAGGACGAUUCAACAAAAGGUUGGACCAAAUUUGCCCGUUUGACACGUGCUUUGACAAAUAGCCGAAGUGUUUUGCAGCAGCUCACACCAAUGAAUAAAACAGAAGUGGUUCACAAACAUUCAAGAUUAGCUGAAGUUCUUCAGCUGGGAUCGGAUAUCCUUCCUCAGUAUAAGCAAGAAGCGCCAAAGACGCCACCACACAUCAUUUUACACUAUUGUGCUUUUAAAACUACUUGGGAUUGGGUGAUUUUAAUUCUUACCUUCUACACCGCCAUUAUGGUUCCUUAUAAUGUUUCCUUCAAAACGAAGCAGAACAACAUAGCCUGGCUGGUGCUGGACAGUGUGGUGGACGUUAUUUUCCUGGUUGACAUUGUUUUAAAUUUUCACACAACUUUUGUGGGGCCUGGUGGAGAAGUCAUAUCUGACCCUAAGCUCAUAAGGAUGAACUAUCUGAAAACCUGGUUUGUGAUCGAUCUGCUGUCUUGUUUACCGUAUGACAUCAUCAAUGCCUUCGAAAAUGUGGAUGAGGGAAUCAGCAGUCUCUUCAGUUCUUUGAAAGUGGUGCGUCUCUUACGACUGGGCCGUGUUGCCAGGAAACUGGACCAUUACCUGGAAUAUGGGGCUGCGGUCCUCGUGCUCCUGGUGUGUGUGUUUGGACUGGUCGCCCACUGGCUGGCCUGCAUAUGGUACAGCAUUGGAGACUACGAGGUCAUUGAUGAAGUCACGAACACCAUCCAAAUAGACAGUUGGCUCUACCAGCUGGCCUUGAGCAUUGGGACUCCCUAUCGAUAUAAUACCAGUGCAGGGAUAUGGGAAGGAGGACCCAGCAAGGAUUCACUGUAUGUGUCCUCUCUCUACUUUACCAUGACAAGCCUUACAACUAUAGGAUUUGGAAACAUAGCUCCUACCACAGAUGUGGAGAAGAUGUUUUCGGUGGCCAUGAUGAUGGUUGGCUCUCUUCUUUAUGCAACUAUUUUUGGAAAUGUUACCACAAUUUUCCAGCAAAUGUACGCCAACACCAACCGAUACCAUGAGAUGCUGAAUAACGUACGGGACUUUCUGAAACUCUAUCAGGUCCCCAAAGGCCUUAGUGAACGAGUCAUGGAUUAUAUAGUCUCAACAUGGUCCAUGUCAAAAGGCAUUGACACAGAGAAGGUCCUCUCCAUCUGUCCCAAGGACAUGAGAGCUGAUAUCUGUGUUCAUCUAAACCGGAAGGUUUUUAAUGAACAUCCUGCUUUUCGAUUGGCCAGCGAUGGGUGUCUGCGUGCCUUGGCAGUAGAGUUCCAAACCAUUCACUGUGCUCCAGGGGACCUCAUUUACCAUGCUGGAGAAAGUGUGGAUGCCCUCUGCUUUGUGGUGUCGGGAUCCUUGGAAGUCAUCCAGGAUGAUGAGGUGGUGGCUAUUUUAGGAAAAGGUGAUGUAUUUGGAGACAUCUUCUGGAAGGAAACCACCCUUGCUCAUGCAUGUGCCAAUGUCCGGGCACUGACAUACUGUGACCUACACAUCAUCAAGCGGGAAGCCUUGCUCAAAGUCCUGGACUUUUAUACGGCUUUUGCAAACUCAUUCUCAAGGAACCUCACUCUUACUUGCAAUCUAAGGAAACGGAUCAUCUUCCGUAAAAUCAGUGAUGUGAAAAAGGAGGAAGAAGAGCGUCUCAGGCAGAAGAAUGAGGUGACCCUUAGCAUCCCCGUGGACCACCCUGUCAGAAAACUCUUCCAGAAGUUCAAGCAGCAGAAGGAGCUGCGGAAUCAGGGCUCAGCGCAGAGUGACCCUGAGAGGAACCAACUCCAGGUAGAAAGCCGCUCCUUGCAGAACGGAGCCUCCAUCACCGGCACCAGUGUGGUGACUGUGUCACAGAUCACUCCCAUUCAGACAUCUCUGGCCUAUGUGAAAACCAGUGAGUCCCUCAAGCAGAACAACCGUGAUGCCAUGGAACUCAAGCCCAAUGGUGGUGCUGACCCCAAAUGUCUCAAAGUCAACAGUCCAAUAAGAAUGAAAAAUGGGAAUGGGAAAGGAUGGCUGCGACUCAAGAAUAACAUGGGAGCCCAUGAGGAGAAGAAGGAAGACUGGAAUAAUGUCACUAAAGCUGAAUCAAUGGGGCUAUUGUCAGAGGACCCCAAGGGCAGUGAUUCAGAGAACAGCGUGACCAAAAACCCAUUAAGGAAAACAGAUUCUUGUGACAGCGGAAUUACAAAAAGUGACCUUCGUUUAGAUAAGGCUGGUGAGGCCCGAAGUCCGCUAGAGCACAGUCCCAUUCAGGCUGAUGCCAAGCACCCCUUUUACCCCAUCCCCGAGCAGGCCUUACAAACCACACUGCAGGAAGUCAAACACGAACUCAAAGAGGACAUUCAGCUGCUAAGCUGCAGAAUGACUGCCCUAGAAAAGCAGGUGGCAGAAAUUUUAAAAAUACUGUCAGAAAAAAACGUACCCCAGACCUCUUCUCCCAAAUCCCAAAUGCCACUCCAAGUACCUCCCCAAAUACCAUGUCAGGAUAUUUUUAGUGUUUCAAGGCCUGAGUCACCUGAAUCUGAAAAGGAUGAAAUCCACUUUUAA